AUGGGUAAAAUUCGUCGACAUAAGAAGACCCCCACGGUGGCCACCAGUGCCCCUUAUGAGGGUAGGUCACCACUUGUGGAGCAGACUGAGAUGGAGAUAGAGAGCCAAGUACCCCAAAGUGGUGAUGAUGUGGUAUCGCAUUUACUUGAUCGAAAGACCAGCGACGUAACAGUGAUAGGGUUGGCCAACUUCCUAUCAACUCCUACUAAGAGGGGGCAUCACCUACUAGCAUCGACUAACUUACUAGUGCUCAUGUUGCCGAGAUUAGGCGUGGACGAGAGCCGGUCCCAGCCAGCUGCAGUGAGGCAAGCGGUACUGAGUGUGUACACCUCUGCAGUGUCAUGGGCUCAGGAGAAGCUACUUAGGAAUCUCAUAAAGGAGCAUGGCCUUAUCAAUACGGUCAUGACGACGCUGAGGGAGGAUAUGCGUAUGUUGUCGGACUCGACAAUGGCCCCUGUGAAAAAUAAGAAGAAGUCCUCUCAGCGACAGGUCGAGCACGAUGCUCGCAUUGAGAUCAUCGAGGCUGAAUGGGAGCUCUUAGGGGGUCUGGUUCGGCUCUGUGCCCCUCCACACCAACCUGUGUUGCCACCUGAUGUCAUCGAUUUAGCCUUACAGACUGCUAUGGCUAAGGAUUGUGAUGCUGCGGUGAGAGUGGCUGCUAGUAGUAUGCUAUCAAGAGUCGCUACGGAGGAGAUGUGCUCAGAUUGCUGCCUGGCCCCAAUGACUCAUCGUAUCGCGGAUAUAGAGCGUACCAUACAGGAUGCAGAAGACCCCCUAUUGGCAGCUGAACUGACGUCGGCACUCUGCCGUGGAUACCACAUGGAGUUGUUCGCGCCUGAGACGGGAGGAGAGGAGAGGGCAGAAAGAGUUGUCGAGGAAAUACAUCGUUUGGUGAGCUCGACCGGCUGCCAUCUUGUAGACAGUUUUACUCAUGUCGUGGAUACGGUGGCCUCGAUACAACCGGCACCAGUCAAAGGGGCUGCUGCGGAUUCCUCUCCAUCACCAGCAGAGCCGGCUAAGCAGAGAGGAGCACAGAGUGUACUGGAUGCAUGGAGGAGGAAUGCUAGACCACCCUUCAUGUUCACCGGCCGAGCGGAAGCCUAUAGUAGCGUCUUGAAAGCCGCCAUGGGCUGUUUAGCUGAGUUGUGUGAUUCCCUUACGAAGGCUUUGGAUGAGGCAUUGGUAGCUCGAGUGCGCAGUGAAAUGCCAGUGGAGAUGUUCUCGGAUCUGGCAUCGUUGUGGUCACUACAUGCCAACGCUCUUGAGAGCUGUGGGGAGAUCAUCAUAGUGGAGAAUGCGGUAGAUGAGGCUGGGGUCUCCUGCCUGGCCCAGCACUGCUCGUCGAGUCUGGAUAGUGCUAUGCCGUUGUUCUCCAAACUUGACUGGGGUCGAGAGCGGGCUUAUGGUUCAGCUAUUGGAGAGCUCCUGCAGGCCCUUUAUCAGGCGCUGUUGUUCGCAAGUAUGAGGGGAUGCUGCUCGUCAUCUACGGGUGAGGACUCGAUGGAGUUGGUGAGGAGGUCGGUCCAUAUGACUGCGUUAAUGCCACCCUUAUCGGAGGACAUGGUACAAGCUCAGGUUGCCUGUAUUACAUGGCUGGCUCGUUGUCAUGGUCAUGUUGUGGAUGUAUGUGAAGGCCUACUGGAGCUCGUUAGAGUCCAUGCUGGGGAGAAGGGUGCAUUCUCGCGUCGUAUUCUGGUAGCUGCCUUUGAGGCUAUAUUCGAAGUCUUUGGAGCUGACGACAACCCUGUAGCUGACCAGGUCCUCCGAGGGCGUAGUGAUCCGGGAUGGCAGGAGCUGCUCGAGGCUGGCGUGCGAAGGUUGAAGAGGGAAGCAAAAAACUGUGAUGAGGAGGAUGUUGAGGGCGCUGCUAUCAAUGGCGAGGCCUUUAUAGAGUAUAAGAGAGGGGAGCUCUGCCGUAGUUGA